CGCAGUGGUAAUUGGCCAAUGGCGAUCCACGCUGCACUCUUGUCACUCAAGUCUUGAUCGAAAGUGUUGUUAUUGUUUGAGGUUAUGUGCGUUUUAUUCUAAUCAGAUGUUCUAUACUGUUUUACAACAUUGAAGAGGUGUAAAGUUUUAAUAACUACCGAUUUUAAGAACAUGUAUUCUUAAUUAUUGCCAAGUUCUUUUUCGUUUGGACUCAUCUUUCCCAGUAUACUUGGUGUAUUGUUAUAGGUUAGCUUUUGUUAUUUAAACCUUUUACUUUACAUACCUAGGCCUACACUAGCUGCUGAUUUCAUGUUCUGUACAUUACAAUGAAAACUUAGUGCGUAAUUCGUAACGUGUUUUCUAUGAAAUCCUGUUUCUGAAAUGGCUUUAGAUUGGGAAAAAUACUUGAACUGUGUCAAACAUUUUUUGUCAGUGUCUGAUUCUAUAGAUGAUGGGUGGUUUGGGGUUGAAACACUAGACUGUAAAAAACUACCGGAAAACUAUUACUUAUACAAAAAAAGUGCAAGUGAAGUGCCCACAAUGACACUAACCAAUACAUUCAUGUUUGAAGAAGAACAUAUGUUGGAAAGUCAACUUGAUAUAUUAUCUUUGAGAGAUCAAUCGCAAUAUACUUCAGAACAAAUCAUCUGGGAAUACAAUAUCCUUUACAGCCCAAGCUACAGUGUGCCUGUGUUGUAUUUUAAUGUGAGAAAUACUUCAGGUAAACUUCUAAGUCUUGAUAAAGUGUGGACACUACUCAAUAUUCCGGAAGAAAUGUUGUCAGAGAGAUGGAAUUUUGUUUCUCAACAGGAACAUCCGAUACUUUUGAAACCGUUCUUUUAUGUUCAUCCAUGUAGAAGCUCUGAAUUCAUGAAAAUAAGUGAACAAUCAACUGUAAAUCCCCUGGUUACAUGGCUAAGUAGUAUCGCUCCAAUAGUUCAUCUCUACAUUCCUAUAGAUUAUGGAAAACAGUCUUUUGAGAAAUGUUUGCAUUAGGCCUAACUGUAAUAAUACAGAACUAUUUUGUUUAGUGCAUGUUUUUGUAAACCUAUCGUUGUUAUAAGUAUUAAUGUCUGAUCUCAAUUAUAAAUAGGCCUACAUUAGUUUUUUGUUAAUAAUAGCAUUGCUAACUGUUGGUAAACAAUUAAAGGUAAUUAAUCGUAUACAAUUCAGUUAUCACCCACAAUGUUUUCCAUAUGAGAUAUAUUACUCACAAUAUGUUUCUAAAGAUAAAGUAACAUGAAUAAAAAGCUGAAGUUGUUCUAAGAAGACAAUUCAUUUUCGGAAAAACAAAAAAAAAUAUUGUAAAGUAACUAG